AUGGAACAAGAAAUUUCAAAUCAAUUUGAUUAUCGACAAAUGGUUGGAUCAGGACCACAAUAUGAAUACACUCGAGUAUAUCCUCAAGCUGGUGCAACUCAAACAACAGUUUAUCAAGGAGGAAAUGACACUAUAUUUGAAAUACCACCAACCAAAGCAUUUAAUUUAAGUAGGUCAUGGUUUCAAUUUACAUUUACAUUACCUGCAACCAAUGCAAAGUUUGGAUUUGUAUUUACUGAUUUUAUUCCAUUCUUUAGACAGAUACAGAUACACUCAACAUACAACUCUGCAGUGAAUACAGGAAAUCAAACAUAUAUUCCUUGCUAUUCAUGCAAUACUUUGGUAAAUAUGAAUCCAAGAUAUGAUGGCACUUCAUGUGAUAGAGCUUUUACUGAACCAGACUAUUUGUCUUCAGGCAAUGCAAACAAUACAGCAGUUAAUUUAAAUGUAACUAUUCCAUUCAACGAAUUAUACGAAUCCAUUUUAUCAUUGGACAAGGAUAUUAUGUUGAAUGAAACAUUAUUGGUUAGAUUUGUUUGGUCAGAAUUACCAAAUAUUGGUUUUGGUGCAGAUGCCUCUCUUACUCCUCAAACAAACCCAGUUGCUUUAACUGCUCCUGCUGGACCUAAUGUACAAGGUAUGGAAAUACAUUUAGCAGUUGAAAAGAGGUUUGAUAUUAUUCAAAAUUUACAACAAAAGAUUGCAAGCCCAGAAGGUUUCUCUUUACUUAUUCCUUAUUGUUAUACUACAACAGCAUCACUUACAGGUACAAAUCAGCCGGUAUCAUUAAGAUUAAAUAGACUAAAUGGUAUUACUUUGGAAAGAAUUUAUCAUAGUUUAUUUGUUACUGCUUCAGUUGCAAACUCUGCCAUCUACAACAAUGUGGCUUCAACAAAUUUGGAACAUUUCUAUACCAAUAUUAAUAAUCCUAGGAGAAUGCAAUACGAUUAUUAUCCAAAUGUAAAUGAUGAUUAUAAAGCAUUGCGAGACAAAUUGAUAGAUUCAACAAUUCAAACACCAAUAUUCACAACUAUAAUUGGUGUUGGUUGGAUAGAUUUGAUGAUGGAUCAUUUGGUUAAAUGGGAUUUUAUUGCAUUUUUAAGUGUUGCAACCAAUCUUACUCAUCAAUCAACAGUGGAAAAUGAAAUUCAACAAACAGACAAUUAUUAA